AUAAGGGAUGCCUCUGCGCUCUGCUCCAUCCUUAUAAAAUUUCUCGCGCGCAUUUCGGUGUGAAUUUUAUCCUCAAAUAUUAAGAAGCCAACUAGCGAGGGAAGCAGAUGACCGGCGUAACGGCGUCGCUUGGCGGGAUGAACCUUGUUUGCAGAGGAGCAGCAGCAACCUCCCGAACGGUUCUCAUUACUGGUGUCAGUAAGGGCCUCGGAAGAGCUCUUGCCCUAGAAUUGGCCAAACGAGGCCACACCGUAAUCGGGUGUUCACGUGCUCAGGAUAAGCUCAAUGCACUUCGGUCGGAACUUUCUGCCGCCCUAGCUGCUGCCAAUUCUUCGUCAUCUGAAAAGCACUUGUUACUCGAUGCCGAUGUGAGAUCGGAUAGCAGCGUUGAGGAGCUGGCUCGUACUGUGAUGGAGAAAAAUGGUGUUCCUGAUAUUAUAGUAAAUAACGCAGGCACCAUUAAUAGAAACAACAAGAUUUGGGAACUUCCUGUUGAAGAGUUUGAUAAUGUAAUCGAUACGAACAUCAAAGGAACGGCCAAUGUAUUACGUCAUUUCAUCCCUCUUAUGAUCACAAGGAAGCAAGGAAUCAUUGUCAAUAUGUCGUCUGGAUGGGGAAGAGCUGGUGCUGCACUGGUUGCACCUUACUGUGCAUCAAAAUGGGCUAUAGAAGGGUUGACUAGGUCAGUGGCAAAGGAGUUACCUGAAGGAAUGGCAGUUGUAGCCCUUAAUCCAGGUGUAAUAAACACUGAGAUGCUUGCAUCAUGCUUUGGUAAUUCAGCUGCCCUAUAUCAAGCACCUGAAGCAUGGGCUCCUAAGGCAGCAACCAUGAUACUCAAUCUCACUGCAGCAGACAAUGGUGCGUCUCUCACUGUUUAGGACAAGUGCCAACAAUCCCCUACGCGUAAGCUCCAGUUUCUUGGGAAGCUAGGCAGUGCAAUGGGUCGAUCUUGUUUACUAUGCAUUCAAAGGUUGGGAAAUCGGUUUAGUCAGAAGAUGAACGGAGGUUUUUCUUUUCGAUUCAUUACAUUACAUGGGAUGGUGCAGAUGAGCUAGGUCUGGAUUCUUCAUAUGGCCGGUCAGCAUGUGCGGAGCCCGACUGUAGUUUAACUUGAGAAGAGAAAAUUAUCUAAACCGAUUGAUUGUAGUGAAGUAGUAGGCAUGAACCAACGCUGAGAAUAACAUUAAAGUGUAUCAUUUGGCAACCUAUUGAUUUUUAUUUAUAUUUUUUGAUUAAGCACUAUUUUUCA